AUGACAACCUCGAAUAACGGCCCGUCCGCGGCCACAAACGGCAACGCGAUACCAAAGAUCGGUCCCCAUCCAGGCACCAUCUCCAGUUCGAACCAAUACACAUCGGAGCUCAAGCUACGACGUAUGCUCAAGGAUCAUGGCUGCGAUCCCGCAAGACAGGAUAACUACCGCCUUCAGGGUGUGCAGUUGAUCGAGAACGUGAGGGAAUAUCUACAACUACCUGUGAGGACGUUCGACACGGCGUGCACGUAUUUCCACAAAUUCCGACUCAACUUUCGAGACGUCGAAUACAACUAUCAAGACGCUGCACUAGCAUCGCUAUUCGUCGCGUGUAAAGUGGAAGAUACUAUCAAGAAGUCAAAGGAGAUUCUCGCGGCGGCUUAUAACGUUAAGAACCCCGAGAAAAGCAUGUUCGAUGGUCCAGGCAAAAUCAUCAUCUGCCUUGAACGUCUCAUCCUCGAAACGAUCGGCUUCGACUUCCGCACACGCUACCCCCAAAAACUCCUCGUGAAAGUCGUCCGCGAUAUCUUUGGCAAAGAUGAUGGAAAACCCUUUUUCGAGACCGCAUACGCAAUGUGUAUCGACAUCUACAAGACCUUUGUUCCCAUAAAGCGCACAACAUUCUCCAUGGUCAUGGCUGUCGUAGAACUCACAGCCCUCAUGACAGAACAGCACGUGGACAGAGUUCAAGAGUACGCAAAGACGAAGCGGCAGUACCACUGGGGUUCAGUCAUGGAGACCAUGCUCGAUAUUCUCGAUUUAUACGUCCAGCAUGGGAAAUCCACCAAAGUUGGGGCACAGUUUGAUCAGAAUAAGAUCAUCGACAUCAAGAUUCGGCUUAACAACGAUCUUGACAAGGCGUUCGAACCUCGAUAUCUGUACUACUGCUCCCGGUGCGAAGCCGAAGAUCCCCAACCUUCUACACCUGCAUCAGCGACAUCACCCGCGACAUCAACAUCAUGGCCUGGCGAUGGAAAACGAACGGUUAAGGGCCCAGAAGGGACGUUGCGUUUUGUGUUUGAGCCAGAGGCUGCGUUGAGAGAAAGGGAGAUUACUGAAGCAUUCUUUAAGGAAGAAUACGAAGAGUAUGAAGUCGAGGUUGAAGAGCCGGUGCCUCCGCCGCCGAGGGAGGGUAGGGGAGGAUAUCAUGGGCAUAGAGAUAGGGGGGAUCAUAGGAGGGGAGGACCGUAUGGGGGAUAUCGAGGGGAUAGGCAUUACAGGGGAAGGGGUAGACAUUAUUGA